ACUCACCGGUUAUCCUGUUGACGCAAUAAUCUUGUCAACAAAACAAUGUGCUUAUCGGGUAUACCGAAGUUCAAGCUGAUUAAUUUUUAUGGGCGUAACGCUCAUAAAUUAUUUCAAAGCAUUGAUUUUUGACACAAUGAAAUGAAUCCCCAAAUGUCUUCAUACUUCUGAAACUUUUUUCAUUGGUCAAGAGUUUGAAACUCAGUGCAGAAAUUUUGUGUGAAUUCUACUUUUGAACUCGUAUAACAUUUUAAAAAGCAUAUUGAAUUUCCUGCUGUGUUAUUCAACUCCCAAUAUAUCUCAAUUAAAUUGGCAAUUGCAAUGAAGGUUCUUGUAUUUCUUACUCUAUUUAUUGCUGCAACUACAGCUCACUACUUGCCAAGCGACUUUAAGGAAAGUUACCAGGUUACUCCAACUAAAGGCCAGCCAUGGCCUAUGCCUCAAGAAUUUGCUGCUAAAUCUUCUUUUUUCACAUUGAGGCCUGAUGUAUUCAAGUUUUCUUAUGGUGGGAAAUGUGAUGUAAUUUUAGAAGCCAUCAAAAGAUACCAAAAACUUAUGUUUUUGGAUGACUGCUCAAAGAAUACAAAUGAUGUUGAUUUAUCUGGAAGCAUUGGUGAAAUGACUGAAUUAUCCAUAAGCAUUGAUGGUCCAUGUGAAAAAUAUCCCUAUAUGUAUAUGGAUGAGCAGUAUCUCUUAGAAGUUAAUACACCAGAUUAUGCAAAUAAGUCGCUGUUGUACAGUGUUAGUGUAUGGGGAGCGCUCCGUGGAAUGGAGACAUUUAGCCAGCUGGUCUAUAGCUUAAAGCCAGGUUUGUUUGCAAUUAAUACUAGUAUUGCAAUGGAUUUUCCCCGCUUCCCAUUUAGAGGGCUGCUGUUAGACACAUCUAGGCACUUCAUUCCGGUGCCUUUGUUGCUUCAAAAUCUGGAUGCUAUGGCACAAACUAAGUUGAAUGUGUUUCAUUGGCAUAUUGUGGAUGAUCAAUCUUUCCCAUAUGUUAGCAAGAAAUUUCCCAAUCUUAGUCAAAAAGGUGCAUUUAAUCCUAAUACACAUACAUAUUCUCAAGCAGACAUUGCUGAAGUGAUAGAGUAUGCAAGAUUAAGAGGAAUAAGAGUUCUUGUAGAGUUUGAUUCUCCAGGGCAUACUCUUUCUUGGGGUAAAGCAGAACCAGACAUAAUGACUGAUUGCUAUACUGGCAAUGUUCCAAAUGGAAAAUAUGGGCCGUUGGACCCAACAGUUGAUGCCACUUAUCUCUUUCUGAAAGUUUUCCUGGAAGAAAUUGCACAAGUAUUUCCUGAUAACUAUUUGCACUUGGGUGGGGAUGAAGUAAGCUUCGAUUGUUGGGCUUCAAACCCAGCUAUUCAGGACUUUAUGAGAAGUCAUGGAUUUGGUAAUAAAUAUGCUUUACUUGAGCAGUACUACAUGCAGCAAUUACUUGAUAUUGUGAAAGGUCUGAACAAAAGUUACAUUGUUUGGCAAGAAGUAUAUGAUAAUGGUGUUAAAAUUAAGCCUGACACAGUGGUUCAUGUAUGGAAAGAUGGCUAUGAAGCUGAAUUAGCCAAUGUCACAGCAUCUGGUUUUAAUGCAAUUCUUUCUUCGUGCUGGUAUCUAAAUUAUAUCAAUUAUGGUGAUGAUUGGACUACUUUUUACAAAUGUGAUCCACACAGCUUUAAUGGUACAACAAAUCAAAAGAACUUAGUUCUUGGUGGAGAAGCUUGCAUGUGGGGUGAAUAUGUGGAUGGUUCCAAUGUCAUUACUAGAACCUGGCCAAGAGCUGCUGCUGUUGCUGAAAGAUUAUGGAGUAGUGCAGCAUUAGUGGACAGUAAAGAUGCAGCAUCUCGCCUUGAAGAAUUACGCUGCAAUAUGAUCAAACGGGGCCUUAAAGUAGAACCUGUUAAUGGACCUGGCUUUUGCUCCUGCGAUUAUGUACAGUAAUUUAAGUUCUUUCAAUCAAUAUCUGACUCUUUAUAGGGAAUACUGACAUGCAGGUUCAAAGGAUAAAAAUUGUUUAUGUUAUUUUGAAGCAAUAAGAAAGCAUGUAUAUAUAUUUCUCUUUAAUUGUUUUGAUUGACUCAUUUUUUCAAACUACAAUUGUAAGUACAAUCAUGUAUGGAUUAUAUCAAUCCCCCCCCCCCUUUUUAUAAUUAAACAUUGUGUACUAUUUUCAUUUUGCUAUUGUUCAAUAUUACUGUGAAAAAAACAUCAAUAUGUAUUUUUAUUAUAUGUUAAAAUAAAAUAUAUUUUUG